UUCACAAACAAACAACAAACAACUACAGUCACCUCGCGUCACCUCUCUUGCGCCGCGGCAUGACGAGCACGAGCUAACCCGUGACUCCACCUCGCACAACUACCCGACACGACAAUGCCAAAAGACGACGCCACUCCCGACGCCGGCGCCGACGAGCGCCGCGACCGCCGUCGCGCCAUCAAUCGGCGCGCACAACAACGCAGCCGGGAGCAGAAACAGAGCUUGAUUGAGCGAUUGCAGGCCGAGAACGCGGCACUGAGGGAAAGAUUCGGCCUGGGACAGUCUGCUGCUGCUACCAGCGGGCAAGGUGCCGCCUUGGCACCGACACACAGCGCCCCACAGUACCACAGCUCUGGCUCAGUGUCCCCUCUCCCACCACUCAACCACUCGUCAAGCUCGGCCUCGGCGUCCCUCUCGCCCGCUGCCCCGCCAGCGCCAUCCGCAGCCAGCACCGACCUCGACGCUUUGCGGCAGGCCUUCCUCGCCGUCCUUGCCUCGGUGUGUGACCCCCACCUGAACACCAUCCAUGCCAUCUGUGCCAAGUUUGCGCAGAGCCGCGGGCGGGCGGUGCAAGUGGGCGAUUUGCACCCCCCACGACCGGUCAACCGGCCGUUGAACGCCGGUGCCCCGGGCGGUGCAACUACCAACGGGUUCGGACACGACGGUAACCCGCACCCCCAUCAUCAUCACCACCACGGGCACGGGCACGCUCACGCGCACGCGCACACGCCGCACGGCUUCCCCCAACCCCCAGGCGGCAGCACCGACCCCUUUGGCGCCGAUCCCAACGCGUGGCUCGACGACCUCCUCACCACCCUCCUCCCCCCAACAGCGUACGUCACGUCGGACCCCGAAGCCGCUGGCCCGCUCUCCGUGCCCCUCUUUGAGCCGGCGCACCCGAUCAACGGGCUCGAGCUCGACGCGGGCGGCGUGUGGGCGUUUGUCGUCGCCACCGUCGACCUCAGCCGCACCGACGCAGAGUACCUCGCCUCCCGGCUCACCUCCAUGAUCAGGUGUUAUGGCUUCGGGCCGGUCCUCCUGCGGCACGAGGUCGAGGGCGUGUGUGCCGACUUUCCGGCGCUGCACGCCGGCGUUGUGGCCUAGCUACUGUAGAGGGAGGGGCGUUUGUACACUCCAUAGACGAACUGUAUGUAGCAUUGUCAC